CACUAAAAAAUUAGAAGAAACUGAAAAAAGUUAGUAAAAAGCGACCCGCUCUCUUCUCCUGGCGGCAGCUAUGCUCUUCGGCUCCGUGCGCUCUCCUUCUUGGCAGUAUUUAUUUAACGAUGAAGGGCAAGAACAUGCGAGUGGUGAGAUUCCACAGAACACAGAUGACAUUAACAAUAAUGUCCGGAACAAUGGUCAAUAUCCUUCUAAAUGGAACAAAGGGAGCGUGCCUGAAGUGGGGAUGAAAUUUACAAGCAUUGAAGAAAUUCGAGAACACUAUCUGGCUUAUGCUCGAAGUGUAGGAUUUCCAAUGCGGACAAGGACAACUCGCAAAGCCAAAGAUGGAACUCCUAGAAGUGUUACAUUUGUGUGUAGUCGACAAGGAAAUAAAAAGAGCAAAACACAAGAUGUGUUCCAUCCGAGGCCGACAAUGCAAUUGGGAUGUGAAGCAAGAGUAACUGCGUCAUGUGAUGGUGAUGGAAUAUGGAAGAUCUCCGUUGUGCAGUUAUUGCAUAACCAUGGCUUGAGUCCUACUAAAUCUAGAAUAUAUCGUUGUAAUCGUAGUGUGCCUGCUAGUGUUAAAAAGCAGCUUGAGGUUAAUGAAAAGGCUGGAAUUCCCUUGCACAAGAGUUUUCAAGCAGCUGUUGUGGAAGCGGGUGGAUAUGAAGAACUUGGCUUUAUAGAGAAGGAUUGUCGAAAUUACAUUGAAGAGUUUAGACGAUUAAGACUUGGCCUCGGAGAUGCAGAGGCAAUACAGGGAUAUUUUAACAAGAUGCAAGCAAAGAAUGACGGGUUUUUCUUUAGCAUGGAUGUGGACGAAGAAUCAAGGCUUAGAAAUGUGUUUUGGGUGGACAACAGGUGUCGUCAGUGUUACAAAUCCUUUGGUGAUGUUGUGACAUUUGACACUACAUACUUGACUAACAAGUAUGAAUUGCGGUUUGCUCCUUUCGUAGGUGUAAACCAUCAUGGGCAAUCAGUACUUCUUGGUUGCGGCUUAAUUGCACACGAAGAUACAGAGUCAUUUGUUUGGCUUUUCAAGACAUGGCUUCAGUGUAUGGAUGGGGUUCCACCCCAAGGCAUCAUUACAGAUCAAGAUCAAGGCAUGGCGAAAGCAAUCAGUAUAGUGUUUCCAGGCAUUAAACAUCGUUGGUGUCUUUGGCAUAUUCUUAACAAAUUGCCUGAAAAGUUAGGAGGCAGGUUUUUGCCUGAGAAGUAUAUCCUAGAGCGAUGGAGGCGUGAUGUGAAGCGGGCAUACACACGGGUCAAAGUAGAUUAUGAUGGCUGGAUAUGUACUGUCGAACAACAACGGUAUGAUGACUUUUGCAACAGUUUUCGGGCUUUGGCGAAUAAAGUCGUAGACGAUGAAUACCGCACAAAGGAGAUAAUGGAUUGGAUUCAGAAGGAGAUGUCUGUAGAAGCAAUGAGAAGCAAAAAUCCAUCCACGGGAGUUCAAGAAAUUCCCGAACAUACAACAAGCACUCCACUUGUGUUAGACCCAUUAAUCGGCACACGCAAGGGAGCUCCAAGAAAGAGUCGUCUCAAGUCCAACAGGGAAAAGUGUGGUCAAAAGAAAACAAGAAAAAGGACUACAGAGAAAGACCCAAAACCUAAAGAAGGUAGAAAAAAAGAUAACCUACCUAAGAAGAGGAAGAAAAUGGAUGCGUCUGAGAUCUUGGCAUCACAAAGGCAGCAUGCUUGGCCCGUGGAAGAUGAAGAUGGUGUUUACGACCUCACAUUGGGAGGUCUGGAUCUUGGCCUCUCACUACAGUGACUUUUAACAGCUAUUUUUUUUGCAUCAGAUCUAGGUACCGAAGCUCUGAUUUUUUGGAAUGAGCAUGGGAACUGUAAAUCACAUACUUUUUUGCUUUUUGUUUUUUGUGUAAAGUAUGUAACAAGUAUGAUAACUUUCUCUGAGUUCCCUGCACAUAAACUCAUGUAAACCUGAUGUAACUCUGUAUUCACAUACAUUAAGUCUCUGUGGAGUGUAUGACAUAGACAGUUAUUCCAUGUGAGCACCAAGAAAUCUUAUGUAUCCGU